CUCUGCUCUCCUGCUGGGUCUAAAAUCGGUUUCCUCUGGGUCCACCAUGUUGGGACAGCUACUUCUUCAGAGUGCGGCGAUCCUGUGGCUGGUGCAGACGGCUCGUACAGGUGGUUAUGGAGCUGCAACAGGAAUAUCCAAUGGACAAGGGAUGCAUCCUCACAGAAAUAAGCCCCAAAACGGUGGAGGUGUGGGAAGAAUGCUGAUUCCAACAAAAGGUGUGGGUCAGUCUAUGGGAGCACAUAAUGGAUACGGUGGAUACCCUACGAAAGGAGCGGGUUAUGGAGCAGCAGCUGGGGUUUCAAGUGCAAAUGGAGCGAAGUCUAAUGGCUACGGAGCAGCUGCUGGUGCGACCAAUGGAGGAGGAGUGAAAGGCUACGGAGCUGGAGUGACAAAUGGUCAAGGUGGCAAACCACAGGGAUAUGGUGUUCAGGCCGGUCCAGCUCAUGGAAGACCAGUGAAAGGCAACGGCUAUGGUGCUCAGGCUGGUGGAUACGGUGGACAAGGAACUAAAGGUUAUGGAGUUCCUGCUGCUGUUGGAAACGGUGGACAUUUGAAUGGUUAUGGUGCUGCAGGUGCUCUGGGAGGGAAUGGAGCUAAAUCCAAUGGAAACGGUGCUGCAGCGGCUGCACACAAUGGGCUCGCAACGAAAGGCAAAGGUCAUGGAGCUGCAGCCGGUCCUUCCAAUGGCAAUGGGGCGAGACCAAAUGGACACGGAGGAGCCGGCAGUAAACCCAUGAAUGGUUUCGGGCGUCCACCUUACGGGGCAGGUGUGGGCGUGGGAACGGGACCCUCCAGAGGUGUGGGAGUGCCUCAGCUUGCCAGGAAUCAAGGGAAUGCAUACGGCAGCAAUGGUUAUAACGGUUACAGAGCUCAGCCCAUGGGAGCCUAUAAUGGUGGUUAUGGUCAGGCUGGUUUGGGUCUGGGAUCUCGGUAUGGAAAUGGCGGAAUGAAGGGGCCAAAGCAAGGUUCCAAUGGUGCUGCUGGUGUGUCCAGUGGACAAGGAGCAAAAUCCAAUGGUUAUGCAGGAGUCAGAGGUCAUGGGGGAAAUGGAGGCAGGCCCAAUGGUUAUGGAUUCCAAAAUGGUGAAGCCACCAAGCCGGCAAAACCAGGGUAUGGUGGCUUUCUUAACGGGUAUGGAACCAAACCCAAAGGUUAUGGGAACGGAAAUGGAGCUGUUCCCAAUGGAUAUGGAAAUAAACCCACUGGUGAUUGA